UUUCAGUGAUAAUACCUGAAAACCAGCCUUUUAUAAAUAUAGCAGAGUUUUAUGUGGAUACUGAAAUAGUAGACUCACAAUUUCAGAAAUAUCUGCAACGAGACGCUGUUAAUUCUCCCAGUAAGUGCCAAUAGAAUGACAGAACUGAGUUCUACUGGGGAGAUGGGGAAGCAUUUAGAAUUUCCUUCACCUAAUCUAAGAAUGUACCAUAAUAUAUGGGAAAUGUGAAGACUUUAACACAAAAAAUUAAAAGCAAUGGAGGUUUUUUGUACAAUCAAAGAACUUUUCAGGAGUGCACUGUUUUGUAAGACAGCAAAUUACUGUUCUAAAAUCAUCCACACUUCUGGCAUUGUUGGUGAGUCACUUAGAUAACUGAUCUGUAGGGAGUGACAUACAUCUGGUAGAGGAGAAAAAGAAGUUAACUGUCCCUCCUUUGCCUGUUGAUGUAUUUUGAUGUCUAGCCAGAACAGAACUGAUAGAUCACAGGACUUAGUUGUUCUCUUGACCUAAGAUCUGGUGGACAGUACUUCUAAGCUCUAGAUUAUUAAAAAAUGCUAUCUUCAGGGAUGUGUCUAUUUUUAAAUAGAGGGAAACAAUUUAGGUGUUGUAUAGCAGCGUUAAGGGUUUUCUUUUAAAAUCUCUCUAAGAGGCUGCUCUUGGCAGAAUCAUAAAUAAUUGGAGAUAGUAACUUCCAAACCACUGCUCUGUUGCAUUGCUCUGGAGGACAUCUAUGGCACAGGACCCAGUGUGCACAUAAGAAGCCCUUUGAGUGUAUCCAGGUCAUCCCAGUUGCAUGCAAACAGCGCAUCAACCUGAGAAGCACGGGCCAUUCACAAGCCCUCUGCCUGUACCAGCAAAGCCACUCUAGAACUCAUGCCUAAUUUGCUUAUUUUCACAUCUUAGGACUCCAUGACAGAGCCUUUUUUAUAAUCAGCCCUAUUUAGCUCUCAUCAUCAUCUUCCAGUGUUGCAAGGUAAAAGUUGAAGUGGGCAGGUCUUGAACAGGCUGCUGGGCUAUCAACCCUUCCCAUCCAGGGCACGUCUCCAUGCAGGACAGAGAGGUGCCCAUACAAACUCAACAUCUGCCCACACAGGUUGAAUGCUGUCAUUGAGCAAGAUGAGUUUCUUUCCAAGAAUCUGUGUCAAAGCCAUAUCUGCCUCAUGUCUCUAUGGAGUAAAGCCUAGAGGACGACUUGGUAGUCAAAAACACUCACCUGUACCUGGGACCACAGGCCCACACUAUCUUUUCAGGUUACUCUCUAAAGCCAGGCUGAGGGGGUUCUGUCUAAGCACUCCACAACACAGGUUGACAGAGCAACCUAAGGAAACCUCAUAAAAAACAGUAUGCCCAAGCCUUUCUCGGUGUUUUCACAUCUGGGUUUGACCGUUUCCCCAGACCAGCACAUAUUUCCAGCACUUGAGUUUAUGGGCUAUCUCAAAGUAGAGCAGGUCAAGCACAGUCUUUGGUCUAAAGCUGAUCUGCAAAGGUCUUUUUCUUAGCUAUAAAUGUGAAAAAGGAUAAAAUAGUAACCUGACUCAUCUCUAGCCUCUUCAAGCUCAGCUGGGGACAGAAGGGACAUAGCCAUGGCACUUGCACUGGCCAGGAACUCCACUCAAGACACGUCACUCCCUGUUCCUUGGAACUUUUUGACUGGUGAGACUCUGUUUAAUGUGGCAACCCAACACUGAUGAGUCUAUAGGUUCUGUCACAGUUGAGUUUGAGUGGGGUGUAGAGAAGAAUGAUUAACACUGACCCCCAGAUGUGCUGUCACUGCCUAGUUCAGAAGAGAGGAGGAAGCAAUGGAAAAGCAGAGGAAAUGCAGCAAUGGAUUAAGUUGCAAAUAAUUUAGUAAUUCACAGAACUCUUAUAGGUUUUGGAGCUGCUAGAUUUGACAUGUGUUGACUCAAAGAGUGCCUAAGAGGAUUUGGGUAGUGGACUGUUCAAAGUAUUUGCUGUGGGGCUUUUCCCUGAGAGCUCCACAAAUGGCAGAUCUGUGAACUUUUAACAUUUCAGAUUGUCUGGAAUGCUGGAGCUUGGCUGGAAUGUUACCAGUUCUUUUGGAAGAAGAACACAGAAACAGCCUAUUUCUGAGUCUCAAAGCAAUGACUUGAUGGUUUUCUGGAGAACUGUGGGAUUCUGAUAGGUUAAACAAAGCAUCAGGCAGGAAUUUUCACAGGAAUUCUUCCUCUGUAAAAAAAUACUUGUGGCUCCAGAAAUCUCUGUAGCUCUUCCUAGCCAAAAUCAAAGACUAGUGAGUUGUAAGUUUAUGUAAGGGUCAGCAAAAUGAAAAACUUAUAUGCCAGAGUAAAUCAGAGUUUAUAAAACAAUAUGAACCACUUCACAUUGUUAAAAUAUAAGCAUUAGUUAGAGAAGAUACUUGGAUGCUGGUAGCCAGCAGUGGCAGAGCAACUUACGAAUAUCAUCAUGUCAAAGUAGACUAACCUAUCUUUUAGGAGUUCCAUAUUUAAAUUUCUACUGAUUAAGCAUCAUAAUAAACAGUACAUUUAUAAAGUCAGGGGAUAAAUAUUACUCAGAUUUAAGCAAUCAAGCAUGCCUUCCUCUUCAUUGUCUAGGAGUUGCAAACACAAGGAUAGCUUCCCUGAGAGAGGCUGCUGCUUUCCAAUAUUGAGCUAAUGCAGAAGAAGCAAACAAUAAAGUGGUGGAGGCAACUGCCCUAAUUUGGUGUGAGAACCUUUGUGUGAUGCCUCCAGCUAUGUUUUGCAAUAAGCACUGCAACAAUUGAAACAUUAAUAAGGCAGGCAGCUGGAGUGAGGACAACAAGGAGUCAGGCCAGCAUUUGAGAGCCCUAGUAGAGCACACUUCAGAAUGGUAAUUGUAUUUACUUCCCAGUUCUCUAUUUAUUGUUUUUCUUCUGUCCUUCUCUUCAUUCAUUUGCUUUCUUAUACCCUCUUGGUCUCCUGUAUUGGAAUUUAGGAGUCAUUUUUGUCUACACAUGUACACGCUGGCAGAACAGUGGAUUGGGAUGGCAUAUGUCUUAUAUAUAUAUAUUAUAUAUAUUAUUCAUAUAUAUAUGAAUAUAUGAAUAAUACUUAGGUGUUGAAAGUCUAGUGUAUGGCAUGUUACGUAGCCCUACUCAGAUUUAAUAAGCACACCAAACCAGUCAGGACUAAAUUUGAAAUGUGGGGUACAUCUGAGCCCUGCCUGUCUGGAUGAAUUUGCACACACAGGGGAAUGGGGAGGGCAGAAGGCAGUAAUGCAGCCGGUAAAAUUGUGGAGUCCGUGACCUAUUCCCCACCACACUGUGACACUGAAGCACAGCAGCAGGUGCUGGGUGCUGGGCCCAGGCUGCUUCCAGUCCUGCAGCCCAGAGCAGGGCUCCUGCAAAGACCUGUCAUCCCUGACCCGAAAGAGAAGGAAACACUGCUGGAGACACCAUGAUUAAUUUAGCUCCAAUGGCUGUGCUGUUCAUAGCUAUGCAGUGUAUACACACAUGUUUCUGGAGUGCAUGAAUGUUUUUAUGAGCAUUUGCAUUUAACCAGACAGUGGUCAGUGAGCUUCUCAGUGGAAAUAAUUCUUGACAAUGAGUUGCAUUUUGGAUGGUGCUCAAGCGUUGCCUGGAAAAGUAUGAAGUUGCACAAACCAAAACUGUGCCACAGAGUGUGCCAAUUGUCCAUCUGCAGAGAUGAUCACAGCGUGAGUGCGUCUCUAUUCACGUUGGCCAGGCUGGAGUUCAGAUAGGAAAUGCGUGCUGGGAACUCUUCUGCCUGGAGCAUGGCAUUCAACCAGAUGGCACCUUCAAAACUCUGCCUGAUAAACUCAACUACGAUGACUCUUUUACCACAUUUUUCAAUGAAACAGUCACUGGGAAGCAUGUGCCACGGGCUGUAAUGGUGGACUUGGAACCAACAGUGGUAGAUGAAGUACGGGCUGGCACCUUCCGGGAACUUUUUCAUCCAGAGCAGUUGAUCACUGGGAAGGAAGAUGCAGCUAAUAACUAUGCCCGUGGCCACUACACCAUUGGCAAAGAAAGCAUUGAUAUCGUGCUUGAUCGUGUCCGUAAGCUGGCUGAUGCCUGUUCUGGGCUGCAAGGAUUCCUGAUCUUCCACAGCUUUGGUGGGGGUACUGGCUCUGGCUUUACCUCCUUACUCAUGGAACGCCUCUCUGUGGAUUAUGGAAAGAAAUCCAAACUGGAGUUUGCCAUCUACCCAGCCCCUCAGGUCUCCACUGCUGUGGUGGAGCCAUAUAAUUCUAUACUGACUACGCACACCACGCUGGAGCAUUCAGACUGUGCCUUUAUGGUGGAUAAUGAAGCCAUCUAUGAUAUCUGCCGUCGAAACCUGGACAUCGAGCGCCCCACUUACACUAACCUCAACCGCCUCAUUAGCCAGAUUGUCUCUUCCAUCACUGCCUCACUGCGCUUUGAUGGUGCCCUCAAUGUGGAUUUGACAGAGUUCCAGACAAACCUGGUACCCUACCCACGCAUUCACUUCCCCUUAGUGACCUAUGCACCCAUCAUCUCCUCUGACAGAGCAUAUCAUGAGCAGCUUUCAGUGGCUGAAAUCACCAGCUCCUGCUUUGAGCCCAACAACCAGAUGGUGAAGUGUGACCCAAGGCAUGGGAAGUACAUGGCCUGCUGCAUGCUCUACCGUGGUGAUGUAGUUCCAAAAGAAGUCAAUGUAGCAAUUGCCGCCAUCAAGACCAAGAGAACUAUCCAGUUUGUUGACUGGUGUCCAACAGGUUUCAAGGUUGGGAUCAACUAUCAGCCUCCUACAGUAGUUCCUGGAGGAGACCUAGCCCAAGUUCAGCGAGCGGUCUGCAUGCUGAGCAACACCACAGCUAUUGCAGAGGCCUGGGCAAGGCUUGACCACAAGUUUGAUCUGAUGUAUGCCAAGAGAGCUUUUGUGCAUUGGUAUGUGGGUGAAGGCAUGGAGGAAGGAGAAUUUGCAGAGGCCCGAGAGGACUUGGCUGCUCUGGAGAAGGACUAUGAAGAAGUGGGAACUGACUCAUUUGAAGAAGAAAAUGAUGGGGAGUAGUUUAAAAUACACUUCGUUCCUAGUGAGCACAGAAUUCUCACUGUAUCGCUGUAUCACACAUGUCUACCAUUAGCUCAGCUUUUUUUGUACAUAAUAUACAGAAAUUUAGUAGGGGUCACAUAACUUUAGGGUUUCCAUUUCUCUCCACAUUUAGCUUUAUUCCCGCAUAAUCCACCUCUUGACUGUAGUCACUGAAGCUUCACAAUGCCUGAUUGGGCUUGGGAGCGGCUACAUUAUGUGGGACAUCCAGUGUUGUGUGUGCUAUAUGUUGACAGCAAACAGGUUAACUUCUUCAUAAUUUUCUAAAUUUUAAAAUACAGUACCACUUUCAAAACAAAACAAAUCACAAUUAGCAUUAAAAGAGCAACAACAGGGUGAAGCACUUUGUUAAAAAUACCUGUGGCUGCGGGUGACCAUCCUAAGAGAGUAUCCUACCAAUUGUGUGCUGCAUCCAUCCUUACUUGUUCCGGGACUUGGUUUAACCAUCUCCUCUGUGUCGUGAUGGACAGUUAUUAAAGUUUGUUGUCCAUUUUUCCUGGCUUUCUCCAUCAACUGCUUCCGAUCCUGAUGUUGCAGCAGCUUCUUCACCAGAGUGAGACUCAUUCCAAUAAGCGAGGGUAACAGUUCUUGGAUCAGGGUGUAAUUAGAUUGCAGGAACCAGUAAGAUGUAACAGGUACUGAGUACGUCAAGUCACACUCUGUAAUCUGAAAAAACCUGCGAACACAAAUAGUUGAAUUCUUUGUGGUAUCCACAGUUGCAUUGUCAAUGAAUACAAAAUCACAAAGAGUUCUCACACAAGCACAGCCUUUGCCAAUAUAUAUCAGCACUGUUUAAGGACAUUUGUCAGGAAGAAUCUCAAAAUGGCAGAGUCUUUGCUGUUGAGACAAACAUCUUGAGCCCUGGUGAUAUUACUUUCCCUGAUGAAUCCUUGUUGCUCUCACUCAAUGUAUGCGUUCACAUUGAUAGUUUGCCAUUUACCACUCUCCUUUCACACCCAUGCUCCAUGCUCUAAAGGAUAGAGUACGGUUCCAUUAUGAUUUAAUCCUAAAGCAAUGAUUGGGUAUAUUGUGUAUACCAAAGCAUGGUGUAUGGUCAGCACAAAUGCUGUGGCUGUGUUAGCAAUGGGAUCAAAGAUAAAAUUCACCAAAUAUCACCAGGUAUUGUAAUUUCCAAUUUCCAGUCCACCAGGAUUGGAAUUUCUUUUCUAAUUCAAAUGCAUUGUCCCAUAACACCUUUCUAAUAUCAGUCGGUAGAGUACCUCCUCUAACUUUUCUUAUAAUUGAGGCUGUGAUUGCAUAUAGCUUGAAUUAAUAUAAAGAUCCUCAGGACAGGUAUAAUUUAGAGAGGCAACAUUUUGCCUUGCUGUGUACAUCAAAUUCUGUACCGAGGAGAAAUUGCUUCACCUUGUACUAAAUACUGACGUUGCUGAGGCUGUUUUACUUCUUUGAUCACACUCUCUAUUAAAUGUAUGUAUUAUUUAUGCAUUUAAAACACACAUGCAACCACACAAAAAUACAUUAAGUUUUCUCCCUGCCAACUGGGCAAAUGUUUCUUCAAGUGUGGGGUU